AUGACAACGAAAACCUCCUUGCGGCCGCUGCGACCGCUGUGCCCGAUCGAGAAAGGCUCUUUCCCCCAACCGCAGACACCAUGUUCAUCAUGUCGAAAGCGACGGAAUGUCUCUCUUGCUUGUACAGAGUGUCGCCAAAAAAAGACCAAGUGUUCUGGUACGACUCCAUGCGCGAACUGUACAGCGAAAGGUUGUCAAUGCAUCUAUGAUCAAAGCAGUGAUCGCAGGCGCAAAUCUUAUAGCCGUGAACCAUCCACAUUGCGUCAAGCACUGCUCUACGCCGUGGUUAAGCUUCGUUCUGGAACCCCGGAUAACGUGAAAUCAUUCAUUCUAAAAAUCCGGAGCUUGCAGACCGACCGAGAUGGAGAACUUUUUCUCCUUCAGGAGAGCGGGCUGUCUAAUGUCGGAUGA